AUGAUGCCAUACUUUGAUCCAAAUCAAUUCGGUUUUUCCAAUUUUUAUAUAAAUCCCACACACAUCGACGACACUCAGCUUCUACAAUGUGCUGGAGAGAGGUUGGUUAUCCUUUUACGCGAUAUUCGUGACUUUUCAAGUUUUCGUGGCGGGACCCAAAGCUUGGUUUUUGUGAGAAUCCGAAAAAAGUGAUUGCUAAAAAUAAAGCAUUGACAAUGUUCCACGUGCAAUGCUGCAUUUUUACAGAAAAAAACUCCGGCCUCAGGCAACGAUUACCGUAUCCGGGCCAUUAUUUUUCGAAUAUUUGUCUUUUUGCGGGCACUACAUUUAUGGGCACAUUUUUUGAUUAAAUUCAUGACUUUCUCUGUUUGCACAGCGCGGGCUUUUAAGGACUCGGAAUCUGCUUCCCCAUGGCCAAGAAGUGGAAGGCCAGAUGGCUUCCGGCGAAUGAUUGGGGCCCCCGACGAAAUUCGCAGCGAAAACGCAAAUAAAUCCGGGAAAAAUAUUGGUCAAGCAUCUUUUAAUGGGGCUACAGUAGGAAGGCGAAGUGGGUGAAUCAAAAUGAGGAGAUGGUAGCGAGAUUAAAUCAUAGUUUAGACGAGAAAAAAUUAAACAAGAUGGAAAAACUUUGAUAAUAGGGAAAAUUUUUGCGGUUUUGUAAAAAAUAUAUUUUUUCCGGCAAAAAAUUAACUGCCAAUACAAUUUAUGUGCUUUUCAAGGCCCACCAAUUCUUCUUUAAACGGAUUAUUCACUGGAAAUUUUCGAAAAAAUUGUAUUCUUCCACAUGGAAUCGAACUUACGACGGUCAAACCUUUAACUCACUACCACUACACUAAAUUGGCACAAUCUUCCAAAUUUUGCCAAGUUUCUACGCCUUCUCUUUUCUCACAAUUGUAGGAUCCUAAUGUCUAUUUCAAAUCCUCAAACUCAAGAGCUAAGGUCAUUCGGAUUUUCCACGGAUUUUACGCAACUUUUCGCUCACUUAUUGGCCAGAAACUGAUUGCGUUUGGAGUUGUCUUUGUCUAAUCUGGCGAUAAGUGAGCGCUGAUUGCAUAAUCUUUGCUAUGGAUCCGGCAGGAGGUCGAUUGGGUUAAGUGGGAAAGAGAUAUGGUCAUUUUUUUUAGAAAUGGCGAUAGUUUUAUGAGAGAACUUCAGUUAAAACUGUUUUAAAAUUGUUUGGAAGCCUUAGUUAGACGUAUUUUACUUUCUUGCCCUCAGGGAAUAUUGAAAUCAGGGUUUUUUCAUAGAAUUUUUAUUUUACAAAAAUCGAGAUUUUUUGAUUAAAAAAUGAUGAAGUAAAUUGUCUAACUUGUUCAGUGACAAUACAAGCCGUAUUUUACUUUCAAAUGAUUUAAAAAUCAUAAAAUCAUGACCUUUUUCCCAUAUUUCAAACAUUUUCCAUUGUGCCAUAACUGGAUUGAGAGCUGAUCCCCUCUUGCACAAACACUCCACGCAGCUGAUCAAACAAUGUCCGGCUGUGUUGGUUUAUAUGGACUCGGGACAAGGUGUUCGAGAGUGGAUCGGAAGGAUCAGCUCGGUCAGACUUAAUUAACCUUUUUGGCGGUAAAUUUAAAUAUUUAUUCAAAAAAAGACAACUGGAAGAUGAGGACGCCGUAUUUUAAAAACGUUAGAAAUCGACAAAUUGUUUGAAUUUUGAGAUUUUUUGAGAAUUUGAUGGAUUUUGUGAAAGUGUUCCGAUUUAGUGUAGAGGUAGUGAGUUUGGUUGGCAGUCGAAAACUUACAGGUUCGAUCUUGCUUGAGAAAAAUUCCUUUUUGAAGAUUUCAAAGACAUUUUUUGAUAAAUACAUGACAUGGUGAUAAGAAUAGACAAUUUUUUAAGUUACAGUAAUCCCUGAGCUUAUCAAAAAACAUAGAAAUUUCCCAAUUUAUGGCGAAAACACAAGUUUUUUUACAAAUACAGAAAGAAUUGCGAAUAUUCGACGAGCAAAUAGCCUCUCCUGCAAACUGUAUGCGCACAGUAACCCAAUUACCGUAAUCCACCGUCCCUAAAACUCCUUUUACUCCCGUAAACCUCUCUUCUCGGUCUUUAAACUAAUUACACCGCCCUUUGAAGACUUUUGCUUUUUGCCUUCAACGCGUUGCAAUGCCGCUCGUUGGUGUUAAAACGCGGUUCAGGACACUAUAAAAAAAAGUUAAGCCAAGAGGAUAUCGGAUUUCAAAAAUUCCGUUAAAGGGAGAGGUCUUUUUCAAGUGCCGAGAUAAACAGUCCACAAGUUUGGGGGCAAAAAACAGUUGCGCAACGACAAUUUAGGCAAGGGUCAAGUGAGAGAAAACAGAAGGUAGGGGUACUGUAACAUGAGAUGAAACGGGUUUUGACGGUUUUUUGUUGUUUGGUGGAUUUUAGAAUAUUUUUUGAAAAAACCCCAAAUUUUUUUAAGAUAAAGAGAAAAACAAAGUCCGAAGAUGAUAUUUAGGCUACAGAGGGCUUACUGGAUUACUGUAACAAACGUUUUUACUUUAAGUUUUGAUGAUUUUUGAGUUUUUUGAGAGUUUUUCUUGAGAAAUUUAACAAGGAAAGUACUUCUAUGGGGUGUGGAGUUACAGGUCGAGAUAUAUAUCAAAAAAUUCGCAAAAAUUUUCUGAUUCAGAAUAUAUAAAAAUUAGCUGCCUAAUUUUGGUCUAUCAGCGAGUUUUUUCAAUAAAUGUUUUUCUCGAGGAAAAAAAUCUGCGGCAACAAAAGCGCGCUCGGUCUCUUCCUUCGGAAGAGAGCGGUGUGGCCGAGUGGUUAGAGCGCUAGAUUGGGAAUCCGAGAGGAACGGGUUCGAUUCCUUUUGCCACACUAAAACCCAUUUUUUACAGUGGAACUACUUUUAAGGUGUAGUUGUAAUCCAAUUUGAUAUUUUAAGGCUUGUCAAGGCCUCAGAAUUUAGUUUAGCACAAAACAAAAUUUUUUUAUUGGUAAAAACACGGUCAAAAAGACACUUGCAUGGUGUCGCGAGAAAACUUCUGAAGACAAAAACAUGUCAUCAGACCAAAAUUAGGCAGCUAAUUUUUAUAUAUUCUGAAUCAGAAAAUUUUUGCGAAUUUUUUGAUAUAUAUCUCGACCGGUAAUUCCACACCCCAUAGAAGUACUUUCCUUGUAAGAAAUAGAUCUUUAAUACAAUGUAAAUCCAAUAUUUAGGGCCUGAAUUGACUCUAGAAGUUAAAUAAAUCACAGAAGGUUUACUGAAUCAUCAUUUUCCCCCAAUUUUUUGCACAAUUUUUGCCGUUUUUUACUUUCCUUUCGCAAACCCCCAUUUUUUUGAUAUCAUGUAUAAAAUAAUCCAGUUAUGUCGCUCCCACUGGGACCCAGUGUUUAUCCACCACAGCUCCUCUUCAACGGGACUUGUCCUGUCAAUGCAAACAGAUCAACAAUAAGGUCGAGAGAAGGGCCCCGAAAGCUAGGUAUUGACACCCCGCAGCGCCGAGAAAAUAAACUUGGUACUCUCUUGUCUCGCGCGAAGGAGUAGCCAAAAAAGCAACGCAAACAUGGGUAAAAUAAAAGAACAGAGAAGGGGUUUUGAGUACAGAAGUCUGUAUGGAAAGGUAAAAUAAUAGAGAGAAUUGAGGAACUUGUAAAAAGUAGUCAUCAAAAGUCAAGUGUAACAUAAAAAUCGAUUAUAAAACAAAAUUUUAAAGAAAAAUAAAAACUAGAAUUUGAUGACUAUCAUAUACAGGGUGCGGCAAAAAAAUGGAAACUUUUUUCAUUGGGUCCUGACGCAAAAAUUUUUAAGUGCAGCAAAAUUAUUUUCAUACCAUUAAAUUCUACGUAGCUUUCUCUCCUAAACCUUAUAAUUUCAUGUCCAUAUCGGUUUAUUAACAUUAUUUUUUUGAAUGACAAACAGAGGGACCUCGAUUUCGGACCUGUUUUUUUACCUGUGCGAACUGUUAAUUUGCCCGGCAUAGAAAGCACGUUGUGUCCAAAGUAAUCCCACAAUGCAAGGAGCUUUUUGACAAUUUUAAGCGUCCAGUAAGCGAAAGAAAACGCACCGUCAACACUUCUGCCAGCCGCGGGGUCAUCAAUAGCGAAAUCCGUCGAUUUCGAGAAAAAAUUGCCCGUGAGACCGGCAUCAGCGACCGACCAGUCGGCCAAAUAGCUAAAAAUCAACUCAAAGUCUCCUAACGCAAGCUAUGAAAUGCCCAACUCCUAAUCGGCAAGAUCAAGCCCGUACGCCUGAAAAAAUGCCAAAAAUUCCGACGUCGGGCCGCAGGUCCGCGAUGGGAGCGCAUUCCCUUCGCGGUGCAAUCUUUGGCGGGUGCACAACCAACAGAACGUCAUAGUCCAAUCCGAUGAGGCGCCCUGCACGUCGGCUAACGACGAACACCGUCAAAAUAAAGGCCGUCAUCGCCUAAGGGGGAAUUUGUGCCAGCGGCAAGAAUUCCGAGAUUUUCGUGGAUCAAGCGGGCAAAAUUCUAGCGCCGCGUUAACUUUGAUGUCCUCAUGCUUCUGUUGGCUCAGUAGAACCUUGGCCGCGCAAAUUUGAGGUUCCAACUAGACUCAGCGCCGACUCACAGGGCAACAACGCGUCAAGACCGAUUUUGAGACCGAUUUUCCCAAUUUCACCCCGUCUGCGAAAAGAGCGCCUGCUCGCCGGGUAUGGAUCCAAUGGACUGUAAUUUUUUUUCAAUUGGAGGCCAGCAUCUGUACUACACGCCACAAAAGUUUGGAGUCGCAAAGUAUUCGCUGCGUCAAGAACGGGACCGAUUUCCCCGAAAAAAGCUGCGGCCAAAAGGCCAAAAUUUUAAGUCACGUUUGGAGCUCUAUAUCGCCUCCAAAAGCAGCCACGGUAAAACGGGUUGAAUAUGUUAUAAACAAUGCUCUAUCUUAUUGAAGAUGACCGUUACUUUUGCGGAAUUUGGAUUGCUAGAAAAAAUAUAGCUAUAAAAAUAAGUUUCCAUUUUUUUGCCGCACCCUGUAUACGGCCAAACGGAAUAAGAUACGUAUUGAAAAUCUAAUUUUUUACUUAAGAAUUACUUAAAAAAAGCAAAAAAGUCUGAUUUCCCAAGAAAAAAGUCAAAAAUUUUCAUUUUUGAUGCAUGUGUUACAAAGAUUUGGAGGAAAUGCUUGAACAGGUUGUAGCACGAACUUCUUACUACAAUUUCAAGUCUUGAACAGUUGUCUCAUCCUUUGAAAAAACAAGAUUUUUUUGAGAAAAAAGCAAAUUAGUUCAGUUUGCCUGGAUUUUCAAAACAAAAAAAUUCAAAAUUACAGUAACCCAAAAGCAAAACAUAACCAAAGUAAGGUCAUAAACAUAUAGAAUAGACUUUGUUCUAUCAUAAUAAGCCAAAAAUUUUGAUUGAAUUGAUAAUUAAUCGCCUGAAAAAUCGAUUUUUCAGCGCUCAAACCCUCGACUCGUUCCCGAUUUCCUACGUGAAGCAGAUCUGUAAUGCCGUGGAGAAGCGGAAAGACCUGAGCUUGAUGACUCGAUUUUUGACACAGAUCUUCUUGACUCGACAUUGUGCCGAAUCCUGCGUGCUGAAGUUGAAGGCAGUUCAACUUUUCGAGCAGCAAAGCUUCAAAGAUUUGUAUAUUUUAUUGGAAACAACGCCAUUCCCGAGGGAAUUUCAUGCCGAUCUUCAAUCGUUGUGGAACGAGGCGCAUUAUAGAGAGGUGGGGAUUUGGUUUAGCAUGAAAACUGAGCUUUGGCGAAUAUUUUUUUUUAUGAUUUUUGAAUUUUUGAAAAAAAAAAAAAUUUUUGAAAUUUUUCAAGAUUUUCUUAAAAUUUUACAUACACACUUGAAAUAUAUUACAUACAAAUUCCCGAAAUUUUUAGCUCACGGUUUUUGUUUGCAGCGGAGAUAUUUCGCAAUCUUUUUUCGAGAGAGCAUGCGAAAUGAGGAGGGUCGGCCAGACGAAAGACAUUUUUGUCGCUAACUCUUUUAAUCCAGUCAAGAAAAAAAUUAUUUUUCUGCAGAAAUGUUUCGUGCCUUGCCAGAAAUAUUCCAUGAAAUUUUCAAAGUAAAAAUAUAAAAAAAAAAUUUCAAUUUUUUUUUUCAAAAAUUUAAAUUUUUUAAAAACUUCUGCCUGAUUUUAGUCAAAUCAAAAUUUCAAAUUUGCAAUUCCCCCUUCCUACUGUAAUUUUGCAAAAUUUUAGACGGAACGGACGCGAAGUCAAGGAAAACCGUUGGAUCCAGUGACCAGAUAUAGAGUCAGAAAGAAGCACAGUUUCCCAAAAACCAUCUGGGAUGGAGAGCAGACUAUGUAUCAUUUCAAGGUAAGGCGGUUUUUCGAUUUUUUUUUUCAAAUUUUUAAAAUUAUUUUUCAAAAAAUUUUUUUUCAGAAACGCGACAGGAUAACUCUCCGAGACGCCUACAAACUGAAUCCAAUGCCAUCUCAAGCCGAAAAGCAGGAGCUUUCGAACCAGACCAAUCUCAGCGUAACUCAAGUCUCGAAUUGGUUCAAAAAUCAACGACAGCGUCAGAGGCAGCAGAGAAAGUAGGUUGAGUGUUGUUUUAAAACGUAUUUUACAUAUUUUUUGGGUAAUAUUUCGAAAAAAAUUCAAAAUUUUUUGAAUUUUUUUAGUUUCAAAAUGAAAUUUUUUAUUUAAAAUUUUUUUUUUUAUUUUUUAAUGAUUUUUAGAACUUUUUCCAAAAAAAAAUAAUGAAAAAUCAAAAAAAAUUUUUUUAUUUUUUAAUGAAAAAAAUUAAAAUUAAAACCAUUUUUCUUAUUUUUUAAAACUUUUUCAGGCUCCCCAAAGAAGGGAUGGACAUUUUUUCGGACACCGAUUCCAAUCGCUCCAACAAUUCCUGCUCCAAAGAAUCGAAUGGUCUUCCGGAACUCGACGAGAAUCGUCUGAAUGCCUCAAAUGGAACCUCUCUAAUCCAGCCAACCACUUCGUUUAAUCAGGCGUUGCAGGAUUUCCAACAACCGUUCUACUCGAAUUACACCAACACUUUCAAUAAUUGGAAUAAUAUGACGACGACUUCGCUGAAUGCAAGCCAGGUAAAAAAAUUAUUUUUUUAUUUUUAAAAUAAUUAGAAGUGUAAAAAUAGAAAAAAUAGCGCAAAAUGCGACAUUCAGGUUUUGAAGAAUUAUACACAUUUUGGCUUGUUGUACGAGAAAAAAAUUUUUUUUUGAAAAAACUAAUUUUUUUUUUUUUUGAAAAAAUCGCUUUUUACUCAAAACAUUUUUUUGUAUGCUUUUAAUAGUCCAUCCUUGACCUCGCUGGAGUCAUUUUUGACGUUUGCACUGUGCAGAAAAAGUAGAAAAAGUCAAGGUGCGAGCGACAGCCCAAAAAAAGCCGAUUGCACGGUGCAAAAAGCAAGAAAUUGCACGGUGCAAAGAAAACUUUUGUUUUCGCACAGUGCAUGUCGCGAAAAUCACUCCGGCGAAAAUGGUCCGAAAAAAAUCGCAACAUGCAAUGCACGAUGCGAAAAGAAGCCGAAAAAAGUGUACGCACUUCCUGGAACGACUAGUAUCAAAAAAAAAAGUCUGUCGGGAAAAUAAUGAGCAAAAAAAGUCUGUCGGGAAAAUAAUGAGCAAAAAAAGUCUGUCGGGAAAAUAAUGAGCAAAAAAACGUCUGUCGGGAAAAUAAUGAGCAAAAAAAAGUCUGUCGGGAAAAUAAUGAGCAAAAAAAAGUCGGUCGGAAAAUAAUGAGCAAAAAAAAGUCUGUCGGGAAAAUAAUGAGCAAAAAAGUCUGUCGGGAAAAUAAUGAGCCCUCUGUCGCAUGGAAAGUCGCAUCGCCGCCGAGAAAAUGAAUUUUGUCGCAGCAAAUUUUUUUUUUUUCACUUCAACGAUGCGAUUGACCCAGCGACAUUGCUCAUUAUUUUCCCGACAGACUGAUAAAGUGACUUCGUAACAACUUAUAUUUCCCACAAAUCCCAUUUUCAGAUGUAUCCAUUUGCAUUCGGCUCCAACUAUACGGCCAAUCCGAUGUAUUACAACGGCUAUUACACCACUCCGUACACCUCCAAUCAGCUGAAUUCCCAGGUUUCGCAGAUGUGUUUGAAGACCAAGGAUGAGAUUAAUUCCUCGGAUUUUCUGUUUUUCGACCCCAAUCUCAGCAAUUUAACGCAAACCCCAAUUGAAAGGCCGGAAGCACAAACGGCGGAGGUUACUGUAACAAGCGAUGGGACAGCGGCGCAUCCAGCAAAUGGCUUUAAUGUUAAGUAUGAGGACUUGUGA